GUUAAAAUUUGGCAUUUUCCACUUUGACAACUUUCUUAUCCUGUCCUGUCAAGUAUUGUCAGUUUUGAAAAAGUUGCUGACUGUUUGUGGUGUUUGUCGGAAAUUUCUUUUACGAAAAUUGAUCUAAAUGUCUGACCAAGACGAUAAAGUUACGCAGUUCACUGCUAUUACCGGUGUAAGCGAGGAUAGGGCUAAAUUCUAUUUAGAAUCGGCAGCUUGGCAAGUUGAGGUAGCCUUAGCUCGAUAUUACGAGAAUGAUGGCGAUGUUGAAGCAGCAGGCGAAUCUCAAAGCACGCCUCGCGAGCAAGAUCGCUCGCCAGUUUCACAAAAUAGGCCAAAACCUAAGCCUAGGUCUUCAAAUAUUGCAACAAUGAACACUUUAACAACCUCCAGUGAUGAAGAGGAAGAGGGACAGGCGUAUUAUGCAGGAGGCUCAGAAAAUAGCGGUCAGCAGGUCCUUGGACCGCCCAAGAAACGUGAUAUUGUAGCUGACAUGUUCCAAUCAGUUCAUGACCAUGGUGUUGAGGUAUUAGACCCUGCAACCUCAUCCCGCUCAAGCAAUAGAACAUUUCCAGGCACCGGCUAUAAAUUGGGCCAGGAUGAGAACGAUACCGAAAUCAUACCAGGAGCUGCUGAGCCACAGAGGCCAGCAAUUGUACAUUUGAGGUUAUGGAGAGACGGAUUCAGCAUCAAUGAUGGUGACUUGAGACCGUACACAGAUCCCAAUAAUGCCCAGUUCUUGGACAGUAUCAAAAGGGGGGAGAUACCUCAGGAGCUGAGACAAGGAAAUGCUGAGGUUCAUCUAGCGAUGGAAGAUCGCAGAAUGGAGGCUUACAAACCUCAGCAAAAGAAGAGGAGUACUAAGGCUUUUCAGGGCCAGGGAUACACCUUGGGUAGCCCAGCACCUGCGGUGGUUGGAGCAAGUAAGGAAGAGGAUAAGCCAGUAAAUGAAGCUAAAGCUAAGGAAGUUCUGAAGUUAGAUACAACUAAACCAACUACUAGUCUACAGAUUCGGUUAGCAGACGGUUCAAGACUAGUUGGCCAGUUCAAUCAUGAUCAUACCAUUGGAGAAGUGAGGUCUUUCAUCCAAAAUGCGAGGCCCCAAUACCAGGCACAAACCUUCAACCUGUUAACUACUUAUCCUUCUAAGGUUUUGGAUGAUGCAGAGACAAUCAAAACAGCAGGUCUGUUGAACGCAGCAAUCAUGCAGAAGCUUAUUUAACGUAUUUGAAGGUGAAGAGAAAAUAGGAAAAGGUACUUCUAGAAAACUCUAUGAUCCGACUGACAUUAGGCAUUAUAAAUCGUAACCAAAUGUCCUUAUCGUUUUUGUUCUUAAUUGAAAAUAAUCAUAAGUUGUAUCAGUUCUACAGAAAUCUGAUAUAAUAAGAAUCAUAAAUAAAGUUUUGGAAACUGACUGUGACUAAGACUUCCUAUGCUUUUUUUUGUAGCUGAGAGGCCAAUUAAAAAAUAAUUCACAGCAUUAUCUCAUAGACAUGUUAUCAACAAAUAGAUUAGCUAAUUUAGAUUCCACAUGCAUAUUUUUCUUAGAUGGUCACUUUUCACUUAUGGUGAGCAUGUUUCUCGUUUUGUUAUGGACUGGUAUAUGUAAUUUGAAGAUUUCUGUAGAAAGCAUGUACUAUUUUUUAGAAUGCUUAUUUGAUUUUUCCAUACUGAAAAAAAAAUCCUUGAGUAUAAAAAAAAGGAUAUAAAAAUAAUCAACAAAAUUGUCCGUUUGUAAUUUUUUUUAAUAUAGAAAUUCCUCAAAUAAUAGUUUUUUUAUCCUGUGCCAAAAAAAUCUGGUAAGCGCUUGAUGCUGGUAUUGGUAAAUUAGACGAAAGAAUCUGUAACAUUUACACUUUAUCAGGUUUUACAUUGAUUUGUAGCGUUUGUUGUCUAUGUUUCCGUAAUUCUUCCUCAUCGCUAAACAGCUCUGCUAAGUCGUCCUUUGGUUCCGGCGGCAAAAUUUUCUUAAAUGGUGCAGAAGAAUGUUUC